GUCAUGGCCGACCAGUCUGUUAGGAUGGUGACAGCCAUCGUGUUGCACAGUGUCUUCUUCCUCUCAGGUGCUUCUGCUGAUUGUUCUGAGGAUUCAGGUCUAUUCAUCACUGCACCAAAAGAGAUGGAAGCACUGACUGGAUCUUGUUUGCAAAUUCCAUGUAACUUCAGUGUUAAACAAGGACUGGAAUUCAACAGCACAACAACAACCUUUGGAGUGUGGAUUAUAAAUAACUUUGGCCAACAUCCAAAUAAUGUGAUUUUCAACAGUAGUGGGACAGUUUCCACAUAUCCGAUGAGUUUUACUGGAGACUUGAGUCAGAAAAACUGCACCACUUUAUUUUCCAGUUUAAAAACAACAUACACAGACACAUACUACUUCAGGGUUGAGAACCGGCCAUUUCUAGCAACAGCUGUUUGUGAUGUUCUUCAAAUAACAGUUAAAGAUUCUCCUCCAAAGCCCAGGAUUGAGAUCUCAGGUGAUGUGAAGGAGAAGGAGUCUGUCUCUAUCAGCUGCUCAGCUUCCACUCCCUGUCCACACUCUCCUCCUCAACUCACCUGGAACCUCCAACCAGACUCUCACCUCAUGAUGGAGGAAAACACAGAUGGAACCUUCACAACUAGAAUCCAGAAGAGCAUCACUCUGUCACAUGAACAAGAUGGAUUCAUCAUCAACUGUUCUGCCAGAUAUCCUGUGAAUGAAGGAAAAGAUGUAAAGACGUCAGAGGAGAGAAAGACUCUCAGUGUUUCAUGUGAUGUUUGUUCUUUGAUCCAGUCAGCAUACGAUGAUUCAUGUGUUCACACGAUGUCAGCUGCAUAA